GCUCGGGUAAAUCGCCGCUCUGAGCAACAAUAAUCCCGGGCGCCACCGCUCAGCCUCCCGCGGCCACGCGAAUUCUCUUGGCGAUGCUGCCCAGACGUCGCGGCGCAGAGACUCUCACGGCGACGGCCCGGUCAUACUAGCGCCCCCAUCCUCCGGCACGCCGCCCCGCCCCCUCCACUCCCCCCCCUCCUGCUGCUGCUACCGCUGCUGUUCCUGCUGCUGCUACCGCUGCUGUUCCUUCUGCUGCUACCGCUGCUAACAUGGCUGCUGCUGCCCGGGUGCUGCUGUGCGCGGGGCUCGCCCUGGCGCUGUGCGCGCUGGGGCUGCUCGCCGUGGCCGCGUGCUCCGACCACUGGUACGAGACGGACACGCGGCAGCACAAAGAGCGCUGCCGCAUCUCGCUCAGUCGCCGUAACGACCCGGGGUACAUUUACAACUACAACAGCAACCUUCCGCUCAGACAAAGGCCGCGCGGGCAGCGGGGCGGAAGAUUCGCCCGGCAUCGGCGAGAAUUCUGGGGCUCCGCCACGCCCGACGCGGCCUGCUUUCGGCACUACAACUCCACGCACACGGGCCUCUGGACCAGGUGCUUUCGCCUGGGCUUCGACGACGAGAUCGACGACCUCAUCGCCAAAGGCGCCGUGCCGCGCUGCGCUGCCGUGCGCUACCACUUCUCGUCCGCCGCGCUGCCGCGCAACCUCGCGCACAACGUGACGCUCGCGCUGCGCCAGGACGAGUGGCACUCUCUGCACCUGCGGCGCAUGACCGUGGGGUUUCUGGGGAUGGCGGUGGCCGUUGUGGCCUUCGGCUGGGUCGUGGGGGCCCUGGGCGGGUGCCGAGGGCGCGGACUCAUGCAGUACGUGGCGGGGCUGCUCUUCCUCAUGGGCGGAACUUUCUGCAUCAUCUCGCUCUGCACCUUCGUGGCCGAGAUCAACUUCGAGCUGUCUCGCUUCCCCAAGAGUGUCUUCAGCCUCCCCGGUGACAUCGCCCACGGCUACGGCUGGUCCAUGUUCUGCGCGUGGGGGGGUCUGGGGCUGGCGCUGCUCGCCGGCUUUCUCUGCACCCUCGCCCCCUCCUUAGCCGGGCCACGGACUGCCACACCCAAGCCCCUCUCCGAGAACGGGAUGGUGUGAUCCUCGCCCGCCCUGUCCUCGGCGGGGGAGGAAACCCACGGGGCCGCGUACGUGGUCAUAUGCCCCCCUCCCUCCCCGAAACCUUCCUUACCAUUGCGGGGGGCGGAGAGAUGCACCGAGGGGGGGGGGGCCCUCCCUCAUCCACCCACCUACCCCCCUCUUCCAUAAACCACUCCCCCUACCCCCUCGUUCCUCUCCACCUCCUCGCGGCACCUGGCCACCUGUGCACCCCGCGAUUGGAUGAGGGGCCAGUCGUGAGCUUCUUCGGUGUGAAUCCGCCAGGUGUGAUGAGUCUGCCGGGUGAGUUUCAGAAGGUGUUAAUCUGCCAGGUGUUAACCCACCAGGUGUCAAUCUGCCAGGUGCAUCUCACCGGGUGUAUCUCUCCAGGUGUUAAUCCGUCGGGUGCCGGGCGUGUUGUGAACUCGAGACGGGGCGGCGCCCCCUCACCACGUGACACCCACUGGCGCCGCGACGCGUCCGGGUUGGUGUCCUCAGUGUUAGAAUCGCGUUUACUGAACACUAUAGAUGAGAAAUGCAAAUUGUGAUGGGGAUAUUUGUCUGUGUGUGUUGGGGGUUUUUACGAUCAUCGCUGUUAUGAUUAUUCUUUGUACAUACGAAUUCGUGUCGGGGUCACCGAGACGCGGGGUGACACUCGUGCUGUGUGCCCGGCGCAGCCUCGUUUGGGAUUUGGGGAUCCCAGCUCAAGUGUUCCGAGUCUGCGGCUCAGGGCGUCUGGAAUUUGGGAUGUGGAGUCGAGGGUCCGAUUAGCAGGGGCCUGGGACUUGGAAAGCGUCGCUCUGAGUUUAGAAUCCCUGCUGCGUGUAGAGUACACGGAUCGCGACUCUUCACCUUGAAGCAGCCGUCACCUCGUACCAGUGGCCGUGCCCCUAUGGCAUGGAGUGCCACAUUUGCAAAAAUAAAUCGCCGCAUUCGAAAUCAGCAAUGUCCUGAAGAAGGGCCAUUUUCCGAAACGUUAGCGUAUUAGAUAUGUCUAUGCUGUAAGGGACAGUUAUGGCCAACGUGGUGAGAUAUUUCUGCUUGUGGGUCCACUGCAAAUACAAUGGCUCAUUGUUUCAAUGUUUAAUCGAAGCUUCAUUUCUGAGUAUAAAGAAAUGGGCCCCGCGCAAAGCCGGGGUUCCCUGUGGUCUCGUCGUUGGUUCAGCUGCCAGCCCGAGUGACGUCGCGUGGUUAGAUAGGGAUAUGGGUCGUGUCUGCUGGUUGACAUGAGCCCUAGUGCAAGAUGUUAAAUUUGGCUCCAUUACUAAUGACCCUCUCUUCCUAGCACAGCGCCUGCGCUCCUCUGGUCUGUGGACCCCAGCGCAGCUGAAUUCCCUGCACAGUCGAUAGCUACGCUACUGAAGCAGUAGUUGUUAGGAGUAAGGUCGGGGUGAGUGAGAGGGCUAAUGCCAGAGCCCGGUUGGUUGGUUAGAGGUUAGCAUUCGGGCUCGUGUUCGUGGCUGGUUGGCUAGCUGUGGUCAAGGGUAGGUCUAGCACGAGCAGCUAGGUAGAGAUUGUGGUUGGGGCGAGCCCGAGACUGGUUUUGUCUGCCCGGGCUCGCGUGUCCACAGCCAUCACUGCUGCACCCGCCACCAGGGGGCGUCGCUUGGAGCCCCUCUUCGGCGGUUUUGCUCCUGCUCGACGGGGAGAUUUUGUGAUUGAAGUUGAUGCUUUUCCACUGCACAGACCACGGUAUCCGCUGCGCCGCGAAGCCUCCCGUCUUCACAACGCCACGCCAGAAGGCACGGGUUCGAAAAGUUGAAUCCUGUACAGUAUUUCCUUUCAAGGACAAUAUUUAAUAGUUUUGUUAAUUUAUUCAUUGUGUUGACCAAUGUAGAGUGCUCGGUUUGCUCGCUAAGAUAUGGUUCAUGUAGCCUGUGUGGUGUGAACGUGGAGAGCCGAGGUUGGUGGAUCGUGUGAGGAAGGGCGCAUUCAGAAUGGAUUUCCACUGCCAUGAUAUUAAUCACUAGCUUCACGACAUCAGUAUUGUGGAUGCACUGUCAAGUUGCGUGCCCGGGCUGCUGAUUUCGCUUGUGUGUGCGGUACGUGUGUGUGUGUGUCUUGUGCGUAUCGAGUGCGCGUCUAUGAGUGCAAGUAGGCAUCGGUGGUGCAGUGGUUAGCACACUGCACUACGAACCCGACGAUCCGAGUUCGAUUCCCACUCAGCCAACAUCAGUUACGAAUAUCUGAACCGGUCCUGGUUCUCCAUUAGGUCGGCUCAGCCUUAAAUGAGUACCUGGUGCGGUAUGUAAAUAUCAGUACUGGGGAGACAAAGGCGACCGGGCGUGGUGUUGGGUGCUCACCACCAUGUUUGCCAUGCCGGCCUUAAUAGGUGCCCGUUAACGGAACUUGCCCCAGCAGUCUGUUCGGGAUUUCGGGGGAAUCUUAGGUCUUCAUCGUGUGUGCAACGUGUGUGUCUUUGUGUGUGGAGCGUGUGCCUUUUUUUAGUGAGCGUCCUGUGUAUGUGUAUGGCGUGUGUGUGGAUUGUGUGUGUGCGUGCCUGUGUAUGUCGAUGUUGUCUAUAGAGCGUGUCUGUGUAUGUAUGCGGACUAUCCGGUGUGCGGAGUGUGUGCUGUGUGUGUUUCUGGAGCAAGUACUGCCUAUGUGUGUGGCGCAUGUUCCCGUGUACUUAUGCACUGCGAGCUAGCUACUAACGCUGUGUCGCUCUCUGUGACCACGACUGGAGUAGGAGGCGCGGCGGCGAGGCGUGUGUCUGCGUCCCUGCGCGCUCUGCCUGCUUCGCGUCGCUUGCCAAAUGAGUCCGGUGAAGGGAGGACAUCGGGACCCAUUCAUUCGCCCUGUCCCCGACACAAACCCAUACGCGCGGUCUGCUUGGUGCUGCCACGAGACACACUUUGGGUCACAACCCCGUGUUUUCAUCCCCGUCACGAGGGUUCGCUUCACAUCCUCCGCAUCCCUCAUCAAACAGUUCAUUGCCCUGCGGCAUUCUAACAGGGGACCUGCAGUGGCAGCCACCCCUACGCGGCUGGUGUACGCAGCACCGACCUGCGAAUGGGUAGGCUGUCAGUCGGUUCGGCGAUGUUGCUUUGCGGUUUUCCCAAGUAAUUUGCGAUGUUUUUAGUUUGUCAAUUUGACAACUCUGUACUGUGACGUCGGCACACGUGACCAUACAUUGUGUGGCGAGUAUCAUUCACGACUGCCGCUGUCAUGCACGUCACGAUUACCGUGCUCACGUCGUCUAUAAUACCACCAUUAUCAUGGAAGCGUCAUAAUCAUGAGAGCUUGAUUCAUGAUGUCAGCAUGGUGUCAUCAUCAUGAGAGCUUGAUUCAUGAUGUCAGCAUGGUGUCAUCAUCAGGACCACCCAGAGUUGGUGGGGGGGGGGGUCAGCAAGAGGGGACGUGUAUCCCGCCGACAUGCAGCAGAGGGCCCCACCGCCGCCUGUGUCGAUGUCGACAAUGAUGGAGCUCCACGUCGCAUUCAGCCUCGGGUCUCCAGAAACCUCAGAGUGGCCCUGAUCAUGAUUGCCAUCAUCAUCAUCAUCGCGACGUUAUGAUCACCAUCAUCGUGACACCAUCACCGUCGUGGUUUAGAUCACCGCUCCUCGUCGCCAGCCCCUGGCCGAGCCAUCAUCGUGACCGCGUCUCGCCAUCUCGUUUGUACAUUGCAAUAAAUGCGAUCUCGACUUGUA